AAUGUGAAGGGGAAAGGGCGGCUAGAAGAAUCAGAGUGAAGAGAAUGACGAUGGCGUGGAGAUGGAUCGUGCGAAGAACCCGCGAAUCGAAACCCUUUUUCCUUGCAUUCGCCACCAUAUGUGGCGUCGUUCCGGGAGUGAUAGGCUUCGGCGUCAUGCAAUUCACCAACACCCGCAGCGAGAAGCUCGAGUCCCAUCUUCGCACAAGUGCCCGCCCCGAAUCAUUGAAGAUGGGGCAAGUCAAUAAGGAGAGACUGGCAGAAUACCUUGGAGAGCUACAGCGGAAGGAGGAUACCAAUGACCGCUAUGUUGCUGCUUUAAGAGGAGAGACUUUAACCAGAAAACCUUAUGUGAGAAUCCAACCAAUUUCUGAGAUAACCGAUGCCAGGGCUGACAAGGAGCAGAAGAAAUGAAUAAGUUGUGAAUAUACGUUUUUUAAGUUCAUUAUGAACUUGAUGCUGUUUUGUCUGUAUUUAAUCCUGUUUUACCCCCGGAUGCGUUUAUUUAAGCAAUGAACUCCUCUUUUUUAAGCGAGGUUGGUUAGGUGGGAAUUUAGUGUCCAUGGUUCAGUACAAGACUGCAUUAGCUAUACUUCAAUGUUAUUGAUUUAACC